AUGGCCCAGCGGGGCGGGGGGCAGCGGCCGAGGGAGCUGCCGGAGCGGGCGGCGGAGCUGCGGAACCAGCUGGUGGACCGGUGCGAGCGGCUCCAGCUGCAGAGCGCGGCCAUCGCCCGGCACCUGGAGCAGGUGCUGCCUGCCAAGGACCAGGGCGUCCUGGGCUCUGCCAGCGCUGCGCGGGACCUGGUGCUGCAGAGGCUGCUGUUCGUGGGCAGGGUGUGCGAGAGCGAGGAGCAGAGGCUGCUGGAGCAGGUGCAGGCCGAGGAGGAGCGUGCACACCAGAGCAUCCUCACCCAGGUGGUGCACUGGAAUGAGGCUCUGCAGAAGCUGGCUGCCCUCCGCACCUACCUGGUGGACAUGAUCACCAACCUGGAUGACCAGGACUUGGUGCGUGCAGAACAAGAGAUCUUCGAGAGGACAGAGGUGGCCGAGGGGAUCCUGGAGCCGCAGGAGUCGCCCAGGUUAAACUUUAACCGGAGCUGCGUCCAGAGUCCGCUGCUGCAUCGGCUCUGGGCCUCUGCUGUGCUCUGCUGCGGCACAGGCUCCCAGGAGAUCCACAUCGAUGAGAAAACUGUCAGCCCCAACCUCAGCCUGUCAGAGGACAAGAAAACCCUGACCUUCAGCCCCAGGAAAGGAAGGGUGGACUCGGGCUGCCCCGAGCGCUUCGACCACUGGCCCAACGCCUUGGCUGCCGCAGCUUUCACCUCGGGGGUCUGCUCCUGGAGGGUCAAGGUGGAGAAGAGCUGUGCCUACAAGCUGGGGGUGUGCUAUGGCUCCCUGCCACGCAAGGGCUCUGCCAACGAAGCUCGCCUGGGCUUCAACGCUGCCUCCUGGGUCUUCUCGCGCUACGACAAGGAGUUCAGGUUCCUGCACGCUGGGCGCCCCCAGCCGGUGGAGCUGCUCAAGUCUCCGGCCGAGAUCGGGGUGCUGCUGGACUUGGCAGGAGGAGAGCUGCUGUUCUAUGACCCAGAUUCCUGCACCAUCCUCUUCUCCCACAGGGAGGCCUUCUCGCAGCCUCUCUAUCCUGUCUUCGCUGUGGCCCACCAGAGCCUCUCGCUCGCCCAGUAG